AUGUGCUCGCUCUCUCUUUAUACGAGGGCGUGUUCGAUGUGUUUGGCUUUUACAUCUGAAUAUUUAAGCACAAAAUAUUUUCAUUACUGUAAUGUGGACUUGCUGGUAUUGCGACGGACGACAGCCCUUCGCAUUUUAUGAUUACAUCUAUCCCUGGCUACCACGGUUUUGAGCCGCAGUCUACAGCGCGAGCUCCCGCCCGUCUGUCCGCGUGAAGCUCAUCGAACUGCAAGAGAACCGAGGAGAACCGGAGACACUGGACUGGCACAACUAACCCGGCAUGACUGGCUGAUUCCUGGCAGCUGUAUGCUGGCCCCUGGCACCGCUCGGUCCGUGAGAGCAUUUGACAGCCACACAGGCACAAUUGUGAGAAUCGCAGCCGGGACCCUGUUACUGCUCGCGAGCCGUUGAGAACGGAGCUCGUUAACAUAACUCUGUUCAGGUGACAGUGCGAUGCUCGGGGGGGCGGAGCGAGAGUGAGGUCAUGGGCUGCACCUCCGCCAAGCAGGUGUCGGCCGUGCCCAGCGACGAGGAGGGCCGGGCCAAGGCCUACGGCAACGGGGACCUGUUCACCGAUGAGUACAAGAUGAAGGGAGUGGAGGAGGUGAAGUACAUGCGCGGAGGAGAAGAUGACAGAGUGAAUGCACGCAACCAGGAGAACCUGGAGAAGAGCGCCGGGGCGUUCAGGAACAGACAGCACAAGGAGAUCCCGGGGGGCAACACUAACAGGACCAAUAUCCACACGUCAGAGAGUCAGCAGGAGUUCUUCAGGAUGCUGGAUGAGAAGAUUGAGAAGGGGCGGGACUACUGCUCUGAAGAGGAGGAUGUGACAUAGCACGGCGGCCGCUGAGUGUUCCGUAAAGCGUGCGUGGGAGAGUGUGUGUGUGUGUGUGUGUGUGUGCGUGUGUGUGCGUGCGUGCGUGCGUGCGUGCGCUCGAGUUCUUUCUGCUCACAGACUGUUGAAGAUGGCGCCUCUUUGCUCCGGAAAACCUCCUCCAAAAAAGGGGGAGGGACCGACACACUGACUCACAGCCACGAGGCGUGUCCCCCCCCUCCCUGGCAGCGAGAGCCUCAAGAACUACCCCCCCCCCCCUUCCUCCCCCCCACCCUCCAAAAAAAAAAAAAAAAAUCUUUAACAUUUCCUCAGCCUGGCCCAGGAGCACAGCUUAACACACCUCAGCGUUGUCAGCCAUUGUUUGUGUGAGUGGCACCUUCCCCUUCCCCUAGGACCCAGCAGGGAGGAGGGACCGGUGAGCACAGGAACACUGCACUGCUGUCUGGAAGAACAGGCUUUUUCUCGCCCCUCUUCUUUCCCCAACUCCCAGUCCCUGCGCUGCCGCUGCUUUUCCACAGGACGGACGGACGGAUGGAUUUAGAGAGAAAGGAGGAGGUGUGAAGAGAGACUGAAUGGGCAUGGGGGAGGAGGGGGGUGGGGGGGGAAGAGACCCCAACCCACCCGCCAGCCAGCCAGAACUGAGAUUUAACUCCCAAACUGAUCUGGAUGAAUUGAGAGAUGAGAGAGAAAGAGAGAAAAAGAUGAGUGAUUUUAAUGUGAGAGAGAUUGGGAUAGUUUUGUGAGGAUAAAAAAAAAAGAUAUUGAUAUUUUUAAACUCUGGACUCCUGCCUUGGGUGGAUCUCUGCCUUGGAUGGAUUUAUUUUUUAAAAUAAAGUAUCAUUUUUAUGUC